CCGACAAAUGGCCGCCGACGCUAGUGUUUUCUAAAAAAAACUCCCUGAAUCUUCCGAUUGUGAUUAGAAGGCCAGUCUGGGCUUGAUAACUCUGCAGAAAAAAACAAAUAAAUAAUAAAACAUUGACUAUUAUUAACAAUAACAACAAUAAUAAUAAUAAAAUGUAAUUGUGUAAAAUAAAGAGGGAUAACAAAAUAAAUAAAAUAAAUAAAAGUUAUAAAAAAUAUUAAGUUGGAUCGAUUUUACAAAAUGAUGAUUCUCUUGCAGUAUCCAGGUGAUUUAUGAAGUGUCAUGAUGCUGGAUAUUAACAUUCGUAAUAAUAUCACCUCAAAUAAUGUCUCAGAAGUGUCUGAAUCUGUGAAUCUCCGUCUCCAGGCUCAGUUAUGGAGGAUAGCUUGAGCGUUAAGUCACUGGAAUCAGUAGCAACGAGCGACGAGUACGAAUUUGUUAAUGAGAAAGACUCCAAGCCAUCUCCUAAUGCUAUUUUCGAGCCUCAGCCACCCAUGCUCAAGAUUCCUAAUAAUGGCAAUUUAGAAGAUCUUCAGAAUAAUUUACGCGAGGUGCUGACAGAAGAAAAAAUGGAGAGUCCAGAAUCAGAAGUGAUCCCAAUGCAGGUAACGAAAGUAGGCCACAGCAAGUUCUACGACCUGCUCCCGGAAAAAACCGACGAGAUGAAGCCAGAAGACUACGAGGAGACCACGGAGGACUGCACAGUCUUCAGCGGAGUGACUUACCUCGGUGCGGCGGCGAUCAACGCCCCAAAAUCAGAGACAGAGAUCCAGCGGAACAUGGCGAUCUUGUCAGCGGAGCUGAAGGAGAGCCUGGAGAUCAAGGUGUCAGUCUCAAUCCCGAGCAGUUCCUCAGGGUCCGUGGUAUUAAGAGACGCGAGCACUCACCAGCCAAUGACGUCCUACGAAGUCCAGCGGAUAUUGUUCUACGUGAGAGGAGACUGCACCGGACCGUGCUCGGCGUGCUUCGCCUUCACCUGGUCCCACGGCGACACUCUCGAGUCCGCCAUCUUCCAGUGCCACGUGUUCCGCUGUGACAUCCCCGAAGCCGUUGGCCAGGUGUCUUCUUGCUUCGCCAAGGCCUUCCAGAGGAUCCCCAAGUCGCUGACCAGCUCAUUGACUCCAAGUGACUUCUCCAGUCUCAAUGAGAAGACCAACUCCAGGGUGUUCAUCUUUGAGGUCACCAUGGAACUCAAGGAAGAAGAUGGCCGCGGCGGGUUUCAUACUGUUCCCAAAGACAGGAGCUGCUUCAAAUUGAGGAGCAACGUUGCCAAGCAGGUUUGCUUGAGCAUCCAGCAGGUCGCGAGUAAAGAGGGCGGUGUCAUCCUCGAAGUUGAGCGCUGCUUCGGGGUACUAGUCAGUCCUGGGAGAAAUGUUCGCCACAGCGACAUGCGGCUUCUGGAGAUACACACCGAAAAAAAGAGCAACAGCCAGCCUCUGAAUGACCGUCAGAGCUAUAACAUCUCCGGAAGCUGGGAUCCUUCGGACCCAGCUUUAGAAACUUUAAACACAGAGACCAGGGAGAGCAAAAUCAACAUGACAGUAGCCGUGGACCUGGUGAUCCGUCGGAUCCGGGAGCCAGUUCGCUUUGUAAUAGAGACAUCAGCGAAAGUGUACCCGCAGAAUUACCGAUUCUGGUACCUGUCCCGGAAGAAUCUAGUCCAGCAGUUCCAGCUAACCUCCAAGGAGGUCCCCGGAGAGCUGGAGGUGCACUACGAGGUGGUGAGCAUCGAGACCUCCGGAGAGUUGGACCGGAACCGAGUGAACCUGGCUCUGAACUUGGCCUCGCUGAUCAGGUCCUCUUCCUUGACCAGCAUCGACACUCUGACGCCCAAAGAGGACCCGGACUCUGACGGAGACGAGCCGAUGCUGAGCGGGACCGGGGAAGUGUCUAAAGAUUGCUCCGCUGACGAGCUAGCUAGCUGGAGCGAGGUCCUGGAAUUCUGGACGGGGAAGCACCGCCCGAAGCUCCUGGUGAAGCUCACCCGGGCGGGAAUCCCCGAGGCGCUUCGUGGGGAAGUCUGGCAGCGGCUGACUGACACCUGCUGCGAUAACUCCCAAGAGAUGAUGGACAGGUACCGGGUCCUAAUCACCAAGGAGAGCUCUUGCGAGGGCGUCAUCCUCAGGGACAUCAACAGGACCUUCCCAGCGCAUGACUACUUCAAGGAGACCGGAGGACUCGGCCAGGACUCACUUUACCGCAUCAGCAAGGCCUACGCGGUCUACGAUGAGGAAGUUGGCUACUGCCAGGGCCUCAGUUUCCUAGUAGCUAGUCUUCUGCUUCACAUGCCCGAGGAGCAGGCCUUCUGCGUCCUGGUCAAGCUCAUGUACGACUACGGGCUCAGGGAUCUCUACAAGGACCGGUUCGAUAAUCUUCACAUGAGGUUCUACCAGCUGAACCGGCUCAUGGAAGACCAGCUGCCCGAACUCUAUAAGCACUUCUGCGACAGGGGUGUCGAGACUCACAUGUUCGCUGCUCAGUGGUUCCUUACUUUAUUCACAGCCAGGUUCCCGCUGUACCUGGUCUUUCAUAUUUUGGAUGUCUUUUUACUUCAGGGACUUGAUACUCUUUUUCAAGUUGCUAUUGCUUUACUCAUGAUGAGUAAAAAAGAACUAGUUCAACUGGAUUUCGAAAGUAUAUUGAAAUAUUUCCGGGUCCAUUUACCAAAGCGAUGCCGAAACGAAGAAGUCUCUAGAUAUGUUAUGAAACUAGCUUGCUCCGUAACGCUUAAAAAAUUAAAUAAAUACGAGGCCGAAUUUAUGACACUCAAAGAGGCCCAAGAAAACGCGGACGAGUACAGCAAUGAGGUGGAGCAACUUCGCGGAGCGGUUGCGAGAGCUGAGGAGGAGAAACAGCGACUGGAUCUAGAGCUCAUUCAGAUAAAAGAGAUGCUUCAGAGAGAAGUUGCUAGAGCUGACGCUGAGAGUCGGAGGAGUGUUAUUAUUAUCAAUGAAUACAAACAAAUUUGCCAGCGUUUGGAAGACGAUUACAAUGCUGCAAAGACUGCAUUAAGCGACUUACGAAACAAAAUUUCAAACUGUCCAAAUUGUCGAACGACAGUAAUGGAAUCCUCAGCGGUAUACGCAGAUAUAUCUCACCCUCUAGAAUCCCGAGCAGAUCCGAUGCUGCACCGGACACAGGAGCGGGUUAGAGAGCUAGAACUCGAGCUAGCUCAGACGAAACUCGCCCACGUUGAAGCAGAGUGCAGAAAUCAGGAUUUGACUCACCAGCUCCACGCAGCGUCUUCAGAACUCCAAGCGGCUCGGAACUCCUGGCCGUGGCUCAGUAAAACCCUCUCGACGAUAAAAGAAGCCGCGAAUAAACGAGAAGCAAUUAACGCGACACUUUCAAGGCGUGAGUCCGCCCCCGGAGGUGAAAUUCGCCACGUUAUUCACUCGCAAUCUCGCGACAGCAUCAAAGAGGCUGUUUAAUGAUUAUAUUUAUUAUUAAUCAGAUAAAUUAAUUAUUUAAAGUAUCCUUUUGUUAAAUUGGCUGUGUUCGAAAAUUUUCAUACUCGUUACGU